UUAAAACACACACUCUUCUGUGUCUCUUCUUCCGUUGGAAAAUGUCCCAAAUGAAAGAAGAUCGGGGAGCGAUCUUGCGACGUUGGACGAAUCAUGAUGAUGAUCUCCCAGAUGAAAUCGUGUUGGACAUUUUAUCAAAGCUACCUGUGAAAUCUCUCCUAAGAUUCAGGUGCGUUUGCAAACCCUGGUACUCUUCCAUAGCCAACCCCAAUUUCAUCUCUACCCACCUCCAUAAUCACAAUCAUAUUCAUCAUCACAGUUAUGUCACACACAUCCCUAGGAACAUUCCCGAACCUUCAUCUGGCUCUUCACGUUCUAGCGGUCAACUCUGUACUCUCACUUGCGACCGCACCUUUGAAACCAUAUCCGAGUUUAGAGUUCCCUUCACUUUUCAAUCUGGGUUUCCCCAUUUUGUGGGUUCAUGUAAUGGAAUAUUGUGUUUCAUUAAUGAUAAUGCACCAGGGUCUAAUGUUUUUUACUUAUGGAACCACAGUAUUAGAAAAUUUAAGAGGUUGCCCGAUAACCAGUUUCUUGUUAUGACAUUCGGAAUUGGGUAUGGUUCCCAGAAUAACGACUUCAAGGUUGUUGGGAUUUCAUGGACUUUUGCCAAGUCCCCUCCCCCUAAGGUUGGGGUGUACUCAUUAAAUUCGGAUUCAUGGAAAAGAGUUGAACUUGGAAUCUCGUUGAGACCCAAUGUUUUAUACUACAAUGGGAAUUAUUUUAAGGCAUUACCAUUUGUUAGUGGGCAUUUACAUUGGAUGUUUAAAAUGUCAGGUGGACAGGAGAGGCAUUCUACUCAUAUG